CCAAUAUAAGAGGACCAGGAACGGCUGCCAGGACAGGCCAGUCGGACUCCAGUCUUCGGCAGGUCCACGCACGCACCAACCACAGGGGAGUUUGUGCGCCGACGGACUCACCGCCAUGAGGGUACUCGCUGCCCUCGGUCUGCUCGUCGCAGCUGUCGCUGCUUUGGAGGUCCCCUACUCCGUGCCCAAGCUCGUGUUCGAGCCCAGGCAGGAGUACCUGUACAAGUACCGCACGACCGUCGCCCUGAGCGUCCCGCAAAAGGCGUCGCACGCUACUGGCGAGGAAGUCUAUGGAUACCUGAAGGUCGUUGUCACCGCUGCUGACCCUGUCGCCAAGACGGCCAGGCUGUUCGUGCAGCUCCUGAACGUCACCUCCUCGGUGUUCGACAAGGAAGUGCACGACCACCUUGCUCCAGUGCCGGGCCUGUACCACACUCCCCUGGAGCAGUUCCUGCACCACUUCGAGAAGCAUGUCGUCUUCACGGUGGAGCAGCUCAAGGUUGUCACUAUUGAGGCUCCUGAGGACCUGCCCGAGCCCGUGGUGAACCUGUACCGUGGUCUGGCGUCCGUGCUGACCUUCAGCGAGCCGCUCACCCACGCUGUUCCCUUCAGCAAGGUGACGCCCGUCAGCCCUGACGACGAGGUCGUUGUGUACAAGGUGUUCGAGCAAGACCUCGUGGGCAACUGCGAGACGACCUACCACGUGCUCUCUGACGUGCACGACCUGACCGUGCUGAACCUGACCAAGACCAAGAACUACCACAAGUGCCUUGGCCACACGUCCGUGUUCCACUACUCCGACUACGAGUACCAGGGAUGCCCGCAGACGUGCCAGGUGCACAAGCCUGUCACCGUGUUCGAGGGUCUCGAGCCCGAGUUCACCAAGUACAACGACUUCUACGGAGCCGGAUGCGUCAAGGAGUACUCCCACAAGAACGACGUUGGCGACAGCUUCCUGACCGUCAGGUACAACGUCAGCGUUCAGGGAGAGUACGGCCUGCUGGAGACCGUGAAGGCCGUCGACAAGAAGGUUCUCGUCAGCGGAAAGCAGCAGCUUGUUGCUACCUCCGUCCUGGCCCUCGAGCUGCUGUACAAGGAGUCGGCCCUCAGAGUCGACGUCCAGAGCGCCAUGCCCGUCAAGAGCUACAGCAACCUGACCUACGCCUACCCCGACAAAGAGUACGUGGUCCACGGACCCGCUCUGGAACUCGAGCACCUCAGCCUGUGGGGUCCGAUCGACCGCAAGGAGGCGAUGGUGGCCGCCCGCGCCCUGGUCUCCAGGCUGGCCGAGCUCGUCGCUCUCGACGACCUCGAAGUUAAGGACGACUACGCCGACCUGAUCGUGCAGCUGCUCACCGUGGUCAACGCCCUGCCCCAGGAAGACCUCGAGCUCCUUCUGAGCACCGUGACGCCCCUCGAGAAGGUCCACGUUGUCAGCGAGAAGGCUUACGUCGAGAGGAAGCUCCUCCUCGACGCCCUGAGCCUUGGCGGCACCGACGCCACUGCCAAGACCGUCCUCAAGCUGGUCAAGGAGGAGAAGCUGACCCUCGUGGAAGCCGUGCACGUUCUCAGCGCCCUCCAGACCUCCCUGGUCAAGCCUUCCACCGAAGUCCUGGACGAGCUUCUGGACCUCUGUGUUGGCGGCAAGUUGGUUGAGAAGCGCCUGCUCUUCUCGACCUCCUGCCUGGCUCUCGCGAAGGCCGUCAGGAAGCACUGCACCCACCACGACCUCUCGCUGCCGACCACCGUCCAGCUCAGCAAGAAGGCCAUGAUGAGGAACGUCAUGAAGAUCCGCUCCAAGCAACACUACUCCGCCGAGGAGGUCGACGAUGACGUCACCAGCGAGCCCAAGGAGCUGCCCCAGUACGAGACCACCGUGUCCUGCUCCCUGCAAGACUACGAGAAGUACGUCAAGGCCGUCGCCGACAAGGUCGAGCAGGCCAAGGAGUUCCACGAGGUGACCGUCCUACUGCACACCCUGGGAAAGCUGGAGCACCCGCUCGCCCUCAAGACUCUCGUUCCCUUCGUGCUCGGCAAGCACCCGCUCUGCAAGGUGACCCUUGGCUCCGAGGACGAGUCCGAGGCCUGCCAGUACCUGCGUCUCGUCACCCUCCACUCCCUGAAGCACAGCGCCGUCGCCCAGGCCGCCCUUGUGCAGCCCGUGCUUCAGGCCGUGUACUUCGACAAGGACGAGGACUACGAGCUCCGUGCCGUUGCGCUGUCGCUGCUGCUGCUGACUCAGCCCACCGAGCCCGUGCUGGCCCGCGUCGUGCUCGAACUGCCCCGCGAGAAGAGCCUCCACGUCGCCUCCUACACCUACCACACCCUGCUGGCCUUCUCCAACCACACGCUGCCGUGCUACAAGGCCACCGCUUACCGCCUCAAGAAGCUGCUUCCCGCCCUCACCCAUCACAAGUAUGGCUUCCAGUACUCUUCCUUCCACUACGUCACCGACUACAGUGUUGAAUCCGGCGUUGGCCUUCAGGGAUACUUCGGUGUCGUCAAGGGCAACACUUCCGUUCUGCCCCGAAGCCUCUUCUACGGCCUUGAAUUCAGCAAGGGCCCCUACACCUCUCCUCUCCUGGACGUCAUGGUUGUGAGCAAGGGUCUCCAGAACGUGCACAAGUUCCUGCUGGGCGAGGACGGACCCGCGUCCGUGCUUGCCAAGGCCUUCGAGAGGGUUCGCCGCGGCCUCCGCAUGAACCUCGGCGACACCUACCAGCCCCUGAACGUGCUUCUCGACGUCCUCGACCAGCACUUCGACUUCGACACCGAGAGCGUCGUUGAGGAGCCCAAGCUUGUGCUCGACACCAAGUUCCUCGGAACCGACCUGUUCCUGCCCCUCGACAAGUACUUCGUCAAGGAGCUGCUGACCAAGGGAGCUGACUGGGUUAAGGAGAAGUGGGUUCACCCCGUGAGCGCCCGCUACGUGCAGCUGCGCGUGCCUUACACCUACCGCAAGCUUGUCCCGACCGUUGUCGGCUACCCGGUCGCCUUGACCACUCGCUACCCGACCGUCGUGUCCCUGUCCCUCAAGGACCUCAAGCUCCGCUACCAGCCCAACGUGAAGAGCCUGGUGCCUUCCGUCUUCGCCGUGUCUGCCCUGGUUCAGCCCACCGUGUACACCACCGCCGUGACGUCCGCCCUGACGGUGACUCCCUUCACCAAGCUGGUGGCCGCCGUCCGUGUGAUCGAGAAGACCCGUUUCACGCACCCGCACGACCUGGCCCUGCAGUUCUCUGCCGUCAACCACACCCUGGCGCUCACCUUCAGGCCGCGCUUCACCAAGGUGUUCACGCACGAGACCAAGACCAUGACGUACACGACGCCGGCGUUCUUCUUCACCGCCACCCAGCGCUCGGUGAUGGCCACCAUGUCCGUGCUGGCCACACAGUCCAAGCCGUUCGAGUACAAAAAGGUCCUCGGCGCCAAGUACCUCGGCGUCGGCGUUGAGGUCACCGGCCUCACCUCCGAGCCCAAGAAGACCCCGCUGCUCCUGCUUGCCAAACGCAAGGCGCUCGUCAAGUCCCUCCUCGAGGUCGUCCUCAACCCGUGGGCCGUGUCCAGGAAGUGGGAGGCUCGCCUCGUCCGCAGCGAGAAGACUCCCGUCGACGAGUACAAGGUCGUCCUUCGCCUGACCACCACGAUGAACGGCACCGACCCCGCCGACUACGUCAAGGAAGUCAAGCCCGUGUACCGCACCCAGGCGCACUACCCGACCGUUCGCCAUACCUACCCUGAAGACCUGAAAACGCCCGUCUACGAGGAGCUCUUCGUGAAGGCCACCGGAUUCCUGCCACCUGUGCUGGAGCACCACGAGGUCCUGCACAAGGUCGUCGAGGCCUCUAAGCUCACUUCCUACCCCAAGGCUGACAACGUCAAGCCCCUGCUCCAGAACGUGACCAACACCACCUACGCUUACGGAGUCGAGUUUGUCGUCACUGCUCUCGGACCUGAGGUGCCCAAGGCCGUGUACGGUCACUUCGUGUACGGAACCAGCUUCGACAAGACCCUCAAGCUGUACCAGCUGUACGUCAACAAGGUCGACAGCGAGUACGAGACUGUGGUGAACUCCGCCCUUGUGAAGUCGCCCAAGCCCAGCCCGUUCACGACUUACGCCACCAAGAAGGAAUCCCAAUACCUGUACGCCACCAGCACCGCCGAGGUGCAGACCCCGUACCACGGUCCCCUCAAGUACAGCUUCGAGCUGGAAGCCACCCCCAGUGUGGUGCAGCUCGAGAAGACUCCUCUUAUGAUCGUUGAUGGUGCCAUGAAGAAGCAGGAGCCCACGCGUUCGAUCAAGAGCAGCCUGUGGAGGCGCAGCGAGUACGAGGAGGAGUACCCCUACCGCCCUGUGUCGCGCCAGUACCCUGACUACGCAGAUAAGCUGCCGUACAGCGCAUACAGCGUGCCCAUGACUGAGCUGCCCUGGUACUACGGCAAGUGCAAGGAGGACGUCGAGAGCGGCAAGGAGCUGGUGAGCUACGCCUGCAAGAAGGUCCACUGGCACGAGCACACGCUCGACAAGUUCGUCCUUAAGGUCACCCUUCCCGCCCAGUACCCGAGCCUCGCGCUGAACGUCACCCACAAGCUCUUCCAGACCGCCAAGGUUCUGUUGUACGACAAGACCACCACCGAGUACGUCGAGAGCCCCGUCGUCACCGAAGGUCAGUUCCUCGUCGAGGCCGUUCUGGAGGACCUCUACAGCGGAGUGACCACGGCCAACGUGACUGUGCACACGCCCCACUUCGAGAAGGUCACCUUCAACCGCCUGCCCUGGUUCAAGGCCCUGAGGCCAACCGUUGCCUACGACCUGACCACCCAGGCUCUUGCCGUCGCCAGGAAGGGAUACCCCUUCCCCACCUGUAUGGUGAGCCCCUACUACCUGAAGACCUUCGACAACGUCACCGUUCCCCUGGAGACCCUGAAGAAGGAGGCUUCGCACGUGCUGCUCCGCCACGCCGUCGAUGACCCCGAAUUCUACGUCCUCUACGAACAGAAGAGCGAGGACGCUACGACUCUGCAGGUCGUGCUGAAGAACCAGACCCUCGUGAAGCUGACGCCCCCCAAGGACCAGACCACCUACGAGGUCGAGGUCAACGGCACCCUGCUCACCGUGGACCCGCUCAAGUCGCACGUUCUCCAGUACUACCACAACUUCAGCUCGCAAGUGCUGCUGUACGUCACCGCUCACCAGGAGGUGGCCCCGACCCUGUGGCUCAAGGUCCGCGACUCCGGUCUCGCCCUGGCCUACAACGGAAGCAGCGUGCUCGUCACGGUCAUGCGUCCCAAGUACACCGGUACCCUGCUCGGCCUUUGCGGGGACAACAACAAGGAGUCUCAGUACGAGUACGUCACCCCGGAGAAGUGCGUCGUCACCGAGGUUGAGGACUUCCUGAACUCCUACUCCCUCGAGGCCGAGAAGGUCGUCAAGGGUGAGGUCUACUGCCCGCCCGGCGUCACCCUGAAGGUCGGCGUUCCCGUCUACAACAAGACCAAGGUCACCAAGACCAAGAUCAGCAAGAUCAGCAAGAUCCGCGGAUACAAGGCCUCCAAGGUCGACGAAGACUUCUACGAGGACGUCGUCUCCAAGGUGUCCACCCCCGAGUGCCUCACUGAGCGCCGCAAGGUCAUCUACGAGGAGGGCAAGGUGUGCGUGAGCCUGGCCAAGGUGACCGCCUGCAAGCGCGGAUGCAAGCCCACCACUACCGAGCAGAAGGAGCUCGAAUUCGUCUGCCUGAACAAGGGGAACCCGACGCUGAAGAAGAUGCUCAAGGACAUCCAGAGCAAGCGCGAGCUGCCGCUGUCGCUGGCCGACAUCCCGACCAUCAAGAAGACCGUCGAUGUGCCCGUCGACUGCGUCCCCAAGUAAUGGAAGUCGCCGGGCCCACCGCGCGACCACCCCGUCACUCUCGUUGUAGGAAAAUAAAAAAUGAUUCGUUUUGUUUUUCUUGAA